CACACUUUCUUUAACACAACCUUUGAACUGGGACACGUUCAGCUGUGAAUCAACCUCAGUGCUUUUGAUUAUCAUUAUUCAGAUCCUAGUUGUUACUAAAGAUGUAAUAAAGCUCCUCUUCCUCAUCAUCUUCUCUUCCUCCUCGUCGUCCUCCUCGUGCUCCUCUUCCUCCUCGUCCUCCUAAUCCUCGUCCUCCUCUUCCUCCUCAUCCUCCUCCUCUUCCUCCUCGUCCUCCUCCUCUUCCUCCUCAUCCUCCUCCUCGCGCUCCUCUUCCUCCUCGUCCUCCUCAUCCUCCUCCUCCUCUUCCUCCUCAUCCUCCUCCUCUUCCUCCUCGUCCUCCGCGUCCUCCGCGUCCUCCUCUUCCUCUUCCUCCUCAUCCUCCUCCUCAUGCUCCUCUUCCUCCUCAUCCUCCUCAUCCUCCUCCUCUUCUUCCUCCUCAUCCUCCUCUUCCUCCUCUUCCACUCUGGAGCUGUGGGAUGAGUUUACAGCGAGUGGUGUCAUUAGAGAGUUGCAAAGAUUCAGGGCGUCUCGAUGCCACUCUGCCACUGAGCUCACUCUGGUGAUUCUUUAGCACUUGUCGCCAUGGCGACCAGCAUUUCUACCUAUAUUAAAGUGCAUCUGUGAAUCCCAAACUAUUGGCUGUGAGCGUGCACCUGUUUCACUCCUGCUUGGAUUCCACCUGCUUCUGCAGAGCUGUGAGAAUAUGUAAUGACGUGUGAUUUCGGAUGCGAGACCUCGCUUCCCCUGUGGGCAGAAAACACACAUUUGGCAUUAAUGUCAUGCGUCCAGAGUGACAAAUGGCCGCAUCUCACCUCGGGGCUCUGUUGACUCUUUGCUAGAGAGCGGUUUGUUAUCGAAAAUGUGGUUGAGACCAGCUUGACACUUCUGGCCCCCGGUGUUUUCUCACUGAUAGAAAUGUAUUACUGGCGAGUCCUGGGUGAAAUCACAUCCUUUGGUGCCGUUGCCCCACAGCGUGUGAAAGCAGUAACUGGAGAAUUGAUUAUGUGUGGACCAGCGCUGUGUUUAUUGUAGUCUCCCUCCUACGGAAAUGCCAAGAAUCAGCUCUCAGCAGACGCUCCCUCCUGAUGAAUGAUUAAUGAGCCAGAGAGCGUCCAUGACGGUCACAGGCACGUUUCACAGGUACAUCAGCAGCAGCGCACAUUUCCAUCUUCCUUCUCAGAGGUCGCUUUUUCUGGGGCGAUCUACUGGUCAGCUGACAGGAAGUGAGGAGGUGCAGCUUCUCCUUUACACCCCAUCAGCUGAGCAAUAGGACAAAUAGGACGAACGCUUUGCUGCCUCAUCGUCACUGACUUUGUGUUAAUGGUUGCUAUUGCAUCAGACAGCUGUUUUAUAGUUACAUGGAAUCAGGAUGACUUCAUCCUUAACAUAUGGAAAUCAACCUUUUCAGCCCUGAAGAACAAUGUUUUAGUAUUUGAUGUGUUGUGAUACAGCAGGAAACUGCAGUCGUCUGGGAUGGUCUGAUUGUGAGUGUGAAGCCUGGAUCCUGUGUGACCGAAUAAACUCAGGGUGAACUCGGUCACAAGAGGAAUGAUGUCAAAGUUAGCAGUGGUUAGUAACGUUUCCACAGCGACCGUGCUUCAGGGUGACCCCCUGACCCCACGGCGGCACCCGCCUGCUGUUUGCUGCCUUUUCCCACAUCGAGCCUCGCGUUGACGUCACAAAUGCUGGUAGAAUAAAAGCUGAUGACGUCAGUCACCUCCGAACGAGAAUCAGACGAGACGCAGGAAUGUGACACUCGCUGAGAGAAACAAGCCAGAAAAGACGUUUGACAACAAAGAGGCUGCGGCUGAAGACUCAGACUCAGCAUCACUGAAUCAGGUGCAGGAGCAGAUGUCCGCAGUUUGUUAGCAAUAAAUAAGUUGUUGCUGUAAAUGAUUUACUUGAAAAAUUAUAUAAUAAUAUACAAGUAAUGAGCAUAAACUGUGUUUUAGCCCUCGGCAGUGCAAACAAAUGCUCACAGCCGCUUCCUGCAGUUGCUGUAAACACUUUCCAGACAAACUAUGAAUAUUUCAUCUCCACGAGGAUCAAUGGGGCAGAAAUAAGAGGCAGAAUGAAGCCGUGUCUACAUAAACUCAGAGAUUCUGGGCCGAUGUUACAACCAGGACUUCCUGUCAAUCAGAAUCAGGUAAAAUACCAACAAAAUAAAGAUAAACUGAACUAUUAUUAAUUAUGAAACAGGCCUGGAGCAGCAUCUCAAAGCGGAUGCAGUGGGAAAUGACAUAAGAUUGAAGCUACACACUGUUGGAAGCUUCAGAUUCACACUCAGCGAAUCAGACGUGAAGUAUGAGCGUUUCAGAGCCAACGAGCUGAGAUUUACAUCACGGCAAAGCUGCUCAGUGUGAAUGAGGCCGCAGCCAAAAGGCCGAUGUCCUGCUCCACGCAGUAAAUAUUGACUGGAGCGCAUUUAUCGUCCAGGACAUCCUCUCUGAACGUGCUGCUGCGACUCCGUCAGUCGUUGGGCUCCUGCAGGUCAAACCUGGGCUCAUCCGUGGGCUGACGAGGUCGCGUGGAGAGGACGGAGCGGAGGACGCGGCCCGGCAGCAGCUGGACACCAGCCAGUGUGUGAGGAAGGACGUCCAGCUUGAAACAAACGUGAAACCUGAGACGGAGCUUCAGGCUGAAACAGCGGCUCUGACAGAACAAACACCUGCUGCACCAAAAGUCCUGGCUGCGCGUUUGAUUGUGUUUUGGAGGCGAAGGACAGGAAACGGUUGUUUGUUGGAUGACUGUGAUUUUCAGGUCCAGUCAACGCCCGAGGAAUUUAACGGUCGGAAUAACUCUGAGAGACUGUGAAAGAGGCAUCUGACAUAAAAGACACAUUUUCACCUCUUUUUUACUGUAAAAUUGUGUUUAAAUGUACAGAAUUUGCAACAAAUUGACUGGAUGUGUGAACACUGGUCCUGAAACUCUGCUGCUGGUGUGAGACAGCACCCCUGGUCCCUCCGCCUGCAGCAGUGCGUGAAUGAGUCCCCAGGCAUCUUUAAUGGGCUCGGCCCCUCGCGUCCAGCAGCAGGGAACGGAACCACCUGGAUGAAUUAGUGAUCACCUCCACCGGCACAGCUGCAGGCGCCGGCAGCCAGAUGUGCGGGUGUGAAGGUCUAAAGGGAGAGAACCACCCUCUAAGGCUCCUGAUGAAGCUGGCGUGGGUUCAGAAGUCCUGAAUGCGGGAUUACAGUAGACAUGAAGACCAAUGCAGACUGUCCCUACAAAUGAAAGCUGACAGAGUCUGAGUAGAAGUUCAGCACACAGGCCUGUUAUUGGAGGCAGCGUGUGUUGACUGCUCUCCAGCUGCUGUUCCAGGAGCCUAGAGGCGGACGCACACACGUGGAUGUCUGCUGAGGUCAAAGGUCACCUUCAUGUAACGCUGUCCUGGUGGGCUCCUUGGGCCGGCUGGUUGGGAGGUUCUGCUGUCAGUCUGCGGUGCUGAACCAGGUCUUUACCUCAGGCCUCAGGUCAAGCUGUGGUCAUUUACCAGCUACAACCUGUCCGGAGGAGAGACAGGAGUUUUCAUAGAACGUUUGUCACAACUGGUCACAUGUAGGUAAUGAUGAGUCUUGUGUUCAGACACUGAGCUGAACCUUUGGACCGACUCGGUUUUUUGACUUCGGAGCGUUUCUUGCUCGCUGUCAUUUCCCACAGUGUCAAAACGUUUUACCACCGGCUGUAAUGACUUCACCUCAAUUUCACAGUAGGGAGCAGAAUGAUGGCACCACCUUCAUCUACAUAUGUGGCUUUGUUUUCCUGUCGCUGCCUCGUAAGACAGAAAAAUAACAAAACCCACAAAUGCACAUUUUAGUUCUAAAAGGAAAAAGGGAUUAAAAGCCUCAAGGACAGAAAUCAAACAUAAAUUCUUAAUUUACUCUUUAUUCGGUUUUUUUCAGUUUUACCUCAUCUUUUUAUCAGUGAUUACGGUGAUGAUGAUGAUGAUGAUGAUGAUGAUGUUGAUGAUGAUGAUGCUGUAAUGAAGCUCUUCAAUGCGCUGUAAAGCGUUCAGGUGGAGGAGGAACAUGAAAGACUCAGGCCCAGUUAGUGCUGACCCACAUUAGUUCCGGGCCCGAGGCCACAGGCGCUGGAUCAGGUGGAGAAUAACAGCAGCUACACUUGUUCCGUGAGCUUCACAAACUACAGGGGAUUCAAAGAAAGGCAUUAAAAUCCACCUGUGGCCCCUCAUCACAGCGGCACGCGACACUCGGACCUCAGCAGCCGCAGACGCGAAGCUGUCGUUGACUUCGUCCUCCAGCUUCAGACCCGUCUCCUCUGCUUUUUGUUCAGGCUUCGAUUUCUCAAAUUGCUGCUCAGAUCUGUUUGCUGCAGAUCUUGCUUUUCAUCUUCAUUUUGUCUCUGACUGAUUUCAGGUGGUUUCUGUCUGAUCCAUUUCUCGAUCUGGUGUUUGUUUAUAACAGGGUGAGAAGGUUAAAGCUGGACCCGGCGGUUCCUUUACUGCUGGCUCGUCUUCCAGCUCGGGCCUGAUGCGGUUCUGAUGAGGAGUUUGGAGUCUUUUGGAGCCACAGCUUCAGCAUUUUAAUAGUGCGUCUGGGACCAGACACCAUCAACGUCCAGCUUCUGCAGCUGCUUUUCCUCUUCAUGCACCUUUACGUCCCCCAGCGCCACCGCUAACACCGUUUCUCCCUUUUUUACUGUUUUGGAAAAUCCCAUAAAUAAAACCAGCGUAAAAUAAGAUUCCAGUUUUCGGAGCCUCGCUGUCGACACAAUUCAUCCAUGAGCAGAAAGAAUGGGAGACGCCACCAUGCGGCUCAUGUGGAAGGCCGUGGACAGGAUGCGGUGUCUGAGGAAGCGGCCGCUGCUGCCGCUGCUCGGCCUCCUCCUCACCGCGCUGCUCUUCUUCGACCGGAACAUGGACGACGGCUUCGUGCUGGAGGCUGAGAAGAGGCCGCUGGGAGAGGCGCUGAUCCAUCCUGCAAACUCUGACAGAUACGUCCACGCGUUCCCAGACCUGUCCAACUUCUCCGGGACCAUUAACGUGACGUAUCGCUUCCUCGCAGGAAUUCCUCUGCCUCGAAGAAAGUAUCUGACCAUCGGUCUAUCAUCAGUCAAGAGGAAAAGAGGAAACUACCUCCUGGAGACCAUCAAGUCCAUCUUCGAUCAGUCCAGUUACGAGGAGCUGAAGGAGAUCGUGGUCGUCGUCCACCUGGCUGACUUCGACCUGGUCUGGUGCGAGAACCUGGUACAGGAAAUUACUCGCAAGUUUGCCCACCACAUCAUCGCCGGGCGCCUCCUGGUGAUCCAGGCUCCAGGGGAGUACUACCCGUCUCUGGACGGGUUGAAGCGCAACUACAACGACCCAGAGGACCGGGUCCGUUUCCGCUCCAAGCAGAACGUGGACUACGCCUUCCUCCUUAACUUCUGCACAAACCUGUCUCACUUCUACAUGAUGCUAGAGGACGACGUGCGCUGCUCCAGGAACUUCCUGACGGCUCUGAAGAAGGUGAUCACCUCCAGGGAAGGCUCCUACUGGGUGAUGCUGGAGUUCUCCAAGCUGGGCUACAUCGGGAAGCUGUACCACUCCAGAGACCUGCCACGUCUGGCUCACUUCCUACUCAUGUUCUACCAGGAGAUGCCCUGCGACUGGCUCCUCAUCCACUUCAGAGGCCUGCUGGCCCAGAAGGACGUGAUCCGCUUCAAGCCCUCCCUGUUCCAGCACAUGGGCUACUACUCGUCUUACAAGGGAGCCGAGAACAAGCUGAAGGACGACGACUUUGAGGAGGACUCCAUAGACAUUCCUGACAACCCUCCUGCCGCCCUGUACACCAACAUUAACGUCUUUGAAAACUAUGAUGCCACCAAGGCUUACAGCAGCGUGGAUGAGUACUUCUGGGGGAAGCCUCCCUGCACCGGAGACUUCUUUGUCAUAAUCUUCAAUAGAUCCACAAAAAUCAGCAGGAUUAAAAUAGUUACAGGCUCCGAGGACCGACAGAAUGACAUCCUCCAUCACGGCGCUCUGGAGGUUGGACACAAGGCCGUGGACAUGAAGCAGGGACGGCAGUGCACGUCCUACAUCACCUUAGGAGAGUUCAAAGGCGGGAAGAUCGAGGUGAACAGCGUCGACCAUAAGAUCGGCUUUGACAUCGAAUGUGUACGAAUAGUCAUCACAGCCAGUCAGAAAGAAUGGCUCAUCAUAAGAACUAUCAGUCUAUGGACGGCACAGUCUGUUAGUCAGCUGAAGAAGUAACACAGGACCUCAGCUGUUUGAGCUGUUGCUCUGCUGUCAGUGCAUCUCUUUAUGGGAUGGAAACAGUCCAUAUUUUCAUGGGUUGUUCACAGAUUAUCUGUAUGUUUUCAGAUAAAUAUAUCAAAAUGGUCAGUUUGUAAAGUAUGGAACCUUUAUACUCGUGAAUUUUCAGAAAAUGUGUAUAUAAAUUUCUUCAUAUUUG